GCCCCUCUGCCUGGCUGCCCUGUGACUUCCCCUUCUGAGUUCUCCCACCACUCAAGCAAAGAUCGAGAGCUCCGAGACAGCCCAAGCUGCCUGCUGCGUCCCCAGCUGCCAGGCUGCACAGAUGUCACUCCGAGCCUGCAAAGAUGCGCUCCUGGCUUCUUUAUGCGCUGGUGUUUGCUUUGUCCUCAGGGUGGUACAGAGAGCAGGCAAAUUCAGAGGGUUUUUGCUGGCUCCCCCCCCCCCCCGCAACAGCUGCUUUAUCACACAGCAGCAGAGAAACAGCCUCGCCAAGCCAUCCUUGGAGAACAGCAGCCUCGCGGGGUCUUCUUCCAGCAGCAUCCCUCCUGCCAGACCUCCUCCGCGUGUUCCAACCACUGAGGGGACCUGGCGACUGCUGAAAGAUGGAUUUUCAGGUGAGCUGAGUCCAGGGAGCGACUCCGCCUUCAUCAUGCCAGCCCUCUUCGGCAUCAUUUGCCUGCUGGGCAUCCUUGGCAACAGCCUGGUGAUCUGCACGGUCCUCAAGAAGUCCAACUCCAGCAGCUGCGUCCCUGACAUCUUCAUCAUCAACCUUUCCAUGGUGGACUUGCUCUUCCUCCUGGGCAUGCCCUUCCUCAUCCAUCAGCUUCUGGGCAACGGCGCCUGGCACUUCGGAGAAACCAUGUGCACCAUCAUCACCGCCCUGGAUGCCAACAGCCAGUUCACCAGCACCUACAUCCUCACCGCCAUGUCCAUCGACCGCUACCUGGCCACGGUGUACCCGUUCAGCUCCACUCGCUUCCGGAAGCCGCCCGUCGCCAUCUUGGCCAUUUGUGUGCUCUGGGCUCUCUCCUUCCUUAGCAUCACACCGGUGUGGAUGUACACACAGCUCAUCCCCCUGCCCGGAGGGCUUCUAGGCUGCGGGAUCCGCCUGCCUGAUCCUGAGCGGGACAUCUACUGGUACACCCUCUACCAGUUCUUCCUGGGUUUUGCCAUCCCCUUUGCCCUCAUCACAGUGGCCUACAGGAGAAUCCUGCUGAGGAUGGCCAGGUCGUCACAGGCACUGGCCAGUCAGAGAAGCACCAGGGUCCGGACUAAGAAGGUGACCCGCAUCGCCAUCGCCAUCUGCCUGGCCUUUUUUGUGUGCUGGGCCCCCUUCCACGUGCUGCAGCUGGUCCAACUGGCCAUGCACCAGCCAAGCUUACCUUUCUACUAUGCCUACAAAGUGGCGAUCAGUCUGGGCUACGCCAACAGCUGCCUGAACCCUUUCAUUUACAUCUUGCUUGGGCAGAACAUCCGCAAGAGGAUCAUCGUCUCCGUCCGGCCUGCCACGGCAGGAGAGGACCCCUCCCACAACCGGCUCAAAAGCACACGCGGGGAACCCAGCGAAUCGGGGCAACCACUUUUGCACUUGGUCUCUGUCUCCGCUAAGUAGAAAUGGGGAAGAGGUCCUCGGGGAAGAACGUCGCUCAGUGGGAGAGUGUCUGCUUGGCAUGCAGAAGGUCCCAGCUUCAAUCCCUGGCAGCAUCUCCAGGUAGGGUGGAAAUCCUGAAGCGAGACCUGCCUGUCAGUGGAGACAAUGCAAAGUGGUCUGACUCCAUAUCAAGCAGCUUCUUAUGUAAACCUAUGACUUUUAUAGGUUUAUAAAACUUGCUGUUGCUGGUCCAGUUUGCCACAGGGAAUCAGUCUCCAUCUAGUGGUGGUGAUUGAUUGAUAGAUUGAUUGAUGAUCCUCCUAUGCCAUCUCUGCCUUCCCAAAGCACUUGGCUUGAGUGCUGUGAACUGUGUUCUUUGGAAGGUGACCUGACCACUUGAGCUCUCAUAGCAGGAAUUUGAGCAAAAAUUAUGAGCAGGCAGGAGUAAGAAAACAGCCGAGGAGUCCAAAGGGGACACAGACAGUCUCUGCACACAAGAGUGGACAAAUUUAAGGCUUGCAAGACUGGAAUAUCAGCCAGUGCUGACUGCAACAUCGUGUCUCAGAGGUUUGGACAGGCAUUUAAAAAUUAAGGACCAGGGUGUCCAAGACUUUGUUUUCAGGCCGAGAAUUGAACUCCCAAUCCUUGCACACACAAACCCACUCCAGAUUUUCUAGCAAGCUUUCAUCAUUUCAGCAGCCUUGCUAGGAGAGGAGCACUUUUGUUGGGACUUAGGGAGGUAGAAGACCUUGUGGAUUUCCUGCAAAUCACCCAGAAAUUGACCAGUAAAUCCUGGUCUAUAUUCUGCCCCAUCCUGGUCUAUCGCUGUGGCAGAAUAAAAAGGGAUUAGAAAUAUAUCUGACAACAUGGUUAUGCUUGCAUGUGCUGGACUGAUACUUGUGAUGCACGUUGUUAAAAAAGGGACACAAAGCUAAAAUGCAUAUGUUCCAACGUUCUCUUCAUUUUUGCCAGGGUCAGCCCCUUGUUUUCUUGGAGCUGGGGGUCUGGGCUGGGGUGUGUUCAUUCUCCUCCUCCUCUCACAGCAUCUCCUUUGGGUUCGUGUCUAGCUGGGACCACCUAGCAGACAGAUCAGGUCCACCUACCCCUCUUUCCCCUUUGCACACAACGGGAGGAAGGAGUGUACUUCCUAGCCUGGCUUAAAACAAAUCAGGGCAUUUUCCACACAGGGCUUUUAGCUCUCAUCUCCUCUGGAAUGGAGGGUAUGCAUUCACAUAUCGUCCAAAUUUACCCCCAAACUCCCACGAGCUAUUGUGGAGCACUUCAUACACAAUUCAGAGUUUUUAUUGCACAUUAAAGUGUAGCCCAAUUUAUAUCUGGGGUUUAAAAAAUCCACUUUUUGCAUUGGUUUGGGGGGGCAACUUUGUAGUAAAGCAUCACAGUAAACUUGUGGUAAAACCUGCUGUGUGAAAAAUGCCCAGGAUUUGUCAUGACCGCUGGACCAGGUAAUCCUGCUUUAUUCUACUCAAAGUUUCCAAAUAAACUUGAAUCUCCGAAGGACAGCUGAACUGGACCAAUAGCUUUUACAAGUCUGGGAGGUUCUCCAUGCACAGAAAUGGAGAUUUUGAACAAAAUUGGCUAGACAGCCUAAUAUAAAGAAAACCAAAUUUUUUUGGAAGUGGGCUGUUAAUCACUUCUUUGGAGAAUCCUGCUCCUUCUUGGGGCUGUCCUCAUGAUCAGAACUAGGGUAGCAGCUUGGGAGCUGUGUGCGCACCUGUUAUUUGAUCGUGUGUUAGAUCAAAGCAAGGACGAAGGCAGGGAGCUUGCUCCUCUGUCCAACCCCAGCUGGGUAGGACAAGCACACCCGACCAAAACUCUGCCCCCAGCUUUGAAACAAGCUGGGGCCUGACAGUCAAGGAAGGCCCCCCGCCUUCGUCCUUGCUUUGCUCUAGCGUACAGUCGAAUAUCAGGAGUUCACACAGUUCCUACCCUACUAGCAAUUGUGAGAUCAGGCCAAUUAUUUCACUCCAUCGUGGUGGGUGCAUAUCUUUCUGUUGCCUGGUAUAUCCUUCCCAGGGGCGUAUCUAGGGGCAGGGCAGGCAGGGCACGUGCCCCGGGUGCCACUUGAAGGGGGGCGCCAUUUUGUAAAAUUAAUUUUUUAAAAAAAUGGCUGCCAAAAACAAAAUGGCCACUGUGCAUGCUCAAAUGGCCUCUGUGAGGCUCUAGGUCAUGCCAGGCUUUGCAGAGGCCAUUUGAGCAUGCGCGGUGGCCAUUUUGUUUUCAGUGGCCUUUAAAAAAAAAGAUUAUUUUUAAAAACGGCCACUGCACAUGCUCAAAUGCUCCCUGCAAGGCCCUAGAGGCCAGCGGGGUGAGGGGGAAUCUUUGCAAAAAAAAACCCAGCCUUUAGGAAGCCCCCCCAAGGGGCUACGGGUAAAAAUAAUAAUAAUAAAAAUAUAAUAUAAGACACUGUACACAUUCAGAUUGGCACUAUGUACAGAGAAUCAGGGCUUGUGAAUACUGAGCUGACGCUUAAGAGCUAGGAUUGUAUUCAUUUGCUCUUACUUUGCUUCUUGUGAUAAGUGAGUUAAAUGUGAUGUCUUGCUAAUAUGGCUAUUAAUGGUGAGUUUGUCUUUGAAUCAGUGAAACCCUUAAUAUUAAGGCCCACUGGGAGUUUCUUGCUCUCUUUCUCUCAUUUUAACUGUCUUUCUGAAAGACUAGAAUAUAUUCCAAGCAGUGACACAGUUUACUCUGCAUAUCCUUUAAUUAUUUACAGAGUAUCUGGGAAAAGUCAAAUUCUCCAUUGAUUUUUAAAACUUAUGUAAUGGUGAUGCUACAAUGCAUAGUAGAGAAUUAGACAGGCACUUCUGUUUAGUUUUCCAAGUACAUCUCCACAUAGUAUUUGGGUAUUUCAUGAGCCCCAACAUACUGAAAUUUGUAGUUUUCCAGCAUUUUUUGGGAUGGCUAAGUCCACUGCUAAAUAGUUUUUGAAAUAUUAAAAGAUUAACAAGC